AUAAAAAUUCGACACUCCUAGGGAAAAAUAAAAUUAAAGAGUGUUGUAUCAAUUUAUGGCGCUCAUAAAUUGGCAAACACUAUGCUAAAGCCAUAGCAAACUAAAUCAUCACUUAAUUUUUUUUUUAAUAACAAAAAUCCCACCACAACAUCUCAAUGUUUGUUUAUAUAUAACCCCAACACAUGCAAGAUUUAUCCAUAGAUAUUCAUCAAAGAAUUAAUAUUGCAAUAUAGAGAGGGGAUUCCUCUGGGUUCUUCCCUAAAAUGACAAACAAAGAAAACUCAGUGGCUGUGGUCAUGGUGCCAUUUCCAGCACAAGGCCAUCUAAACCAGCUACUUCACCUGUCUCGGAUCAUCCUCUCCUAUGGGAUCCCGGUCCAUUAUGUUGGUACAUCCACACACAAUCUACAGGCAAAGGUCCGAGUCCAUGGUUGGGAACCGGAAGCUGUUGAUAGUUUCCAUUUCCAUGACUGCCAAAUCCCUCCUUUUCUUUCCCCUUCUCCUAACCCCAAUGCAGCAAUCAAGUUCCCUUCUCAUCUCCAGCCAUGUUUUGAUGCCUGCUGGCAUCUUCGUGAGCCUGUCACUGAACUGUUACGCAUGCUUUCUUUGCAAGCAAGAAAGGUCAUUAUCAUUCAUGAUUCUAUGAUGGGAUCUGUAGUUCAAGAAGUUUGUUCAAUCCCCAACGUAGAGUCCUAUGCUUUUCACACUGUUUCUGCAUUUUCUCUCUUCUUUUAUGUAUGGGAAUCGAUGGGGAAGCCAAAAGUUAAUGCAGAAAUGCCUGAUGAAGGUGAUGUUCCUUCUCUUGAAGGAUGCUUCACCAAUGAUUUCUUGGAGUUCAUUGCUUUGCAAUACCAAUAUCUCAAAGUCAAUGCUGGGAAUAUAUACAACACAAGCAAAGUGAUUGAAGGUACUUACCUUGAAUUGCUUGGUGACACAAUGAAAGGAAAGCAAUAUUGGGCAUUAGGGCCAUUUAAUCCAGUAAGAGUACCAGAGAAAAAUAGUUCGGCUAGCCGACACUACUGCUUGGAAUGGCUUGACAAACAGGCCAUAAACUCUGUUCUUUACGUGUCUUUUGGGACAACAACCACCAUGGAUGAUGAACAAAUCAAGGAGCUGGCGAUCGGUUUGAGGAGAAGCAAUCAAAAGUUCAUUUGGGUACUAAGAGAUGCAGACAAAGGAGAUGUUUUCAAUGGAGACGUUAGAAUACCUGAGCUUCCAAAAGGGUACGAAGAUUCAGUGAAAGAUAUGGGGUUGGUGGUGAGACACUGGGCACCUCAGCUGGAGAUUUUAGCCCACCCAGCCACAGGUGGCUUUGUGAGCCACUGUGGCUGGAAUUCAUGCAUGGAAAGUAUUACCAUGGGCGUACCAAUAGGGGCAUGGCCUAUGCAUUCUGAUCAACCAAGAAACACAGUGCUAAUCACAAAAUUGCUCAAAGUUGGCAUUGCUGUCAAGGACUGGGCACACCGGGAUGAGAUAGUAACAGCAGCGAUGGUUGAAGAUGCUGUGAAACGGUUGAUGGCUUCAAAAGAAGGAGAUGACAUAAGAAAGAGGGCAGCAGAACUAGGUGGCUCGGUGCGGCAGUCGGUGGGUGAAGGUCACGUUUCUCGGAAGGAAUGGGACUCUUUCAUUACUCAUAUCACUAGGUAGGUUUGUCAUUAUAAUUAUUACCACAGUAAUGCUAUCCGAAAAUUUCCUUUCAAGUUUAUUUCAAUCUAUGAAACAAAAUGUAGUGCCUUUUCAGUCUUUAA